UGGGUCUGGGCAGCAAGCAGAGGAACUGUGGGUGGUGGGUGUAUGAGGCGCAUGUGCACGCUAGGUCCGCGAAGAACUGACAUAAGCUGCGGCAGAUGGUUGGCUGGAUACAUGGCAGAGUCUUCUGUUAUAUAUAUCAAUGGUAUGUACAUACAUACGUAUGUUAUGUACUCCACUAACUGACUAACUGCACAUCUUUCAUAUCACUUUCUUACAUGGAUUUUGUGCUACCGAAGCAUUAUCUAUUUUGAUUGCCUUCGAUUCUCACCGCAUUUCCAUCACAAGUUAUAAAAUCCAACAUAACCGUUAUUUGCAAUAAACGAUACACUUUUUACUAUAAUAGUUCCAUUUUUACAAUAUGUUCUUAGUCGAUAUGAGAUUCACGUAGAACCGUCAAUGUCAUUUGUUUGUAUCGUACUGACAACAAGGAUACACGUUUGUUGCCUCGUUCGUAUUUCCUAUUUCUCGUAGUGUCAGCUAUCAUGCAUAUGAUGCAUCAAACAGUUGUGUAUUAGACUUCGUCUUGUUUUCGCAUAGUUAUUUGAUCAAGUAUAGAAUGAUUAAGCUUGUUUACAGGACUUUAGUUCCUUUUUAGAAUGAGGAACUUGUAUCGUCUUUUCGACUAUCUUAAAAAGAUAGCCAGUGCUAGUUAACGUAAAAUUGAUAUUAACUAUGGAGAACCAAAGCCACCAGAAUCAGGCUUAUCAAGCUUGUCAGUCGUUUUGGAAAAAGAACAGCCGUGCUGUGCCAGGCAGACCAAGCCCGAAGCAGGACGGUAAACUGGGUAGGAUAGGUGGUACUCUAAGUUCGACCAGUACAGUAGCAUCUACCGGUAGUGGAAUUGUGUCUGGCGGAGGAUCUACGUCAUUCCAAGAUUUUCAAGAGAGCGUAGAUGAUGCUUGGGAUUCCGGUGACGAUGAGUUCUGUACCGUGUCCGACGUAAAAAUAUCGAAACGAGUCAGCCAUUCGGCUGCUAUUAGCGUUAUUAAUAGUCACAGAUCGAGGAAGACAUGCGGUGGCAUAGACUCCAUGACAGAUGGUGGAACGAAUGCAAAAUCUUCGCAAUGCGUUCAAGAAAUAAUACCCGAAGAGAAACGGGCAGAGGCUCUGCAAAGAUUAGCCGUUCAACCGCUACAUCUGCGUAAUGCCAAUUUAUCCAUGCACACGCAGACCAAUAAUAGUCAACAUAGUAGUAGUUCCAUGGAGGAAACUGAUAUGAUGUUUGGCAAAUACGGUGCUUCCCCGCAACAUACGAAGCUGGCGCAGUUCCCAGGAAGACCGCAACCCAUGAGACAAACGAACGCAUCGAGAAAAUUUUUUAUACCUUCCAAGGAGCAAGAUGGCGAGAGCAAAGUAGAUAAAUUCCAAUCCCUUUUGGAAGCUUCCGUAUUAAACUUGGAUGAGUUAAGGCAGCUAUCAUGGUCGGGUGUACCCGCAAGACUACGUUCCGUUACAUGGAGGUUAUUGUCUGAAUAUUUACCGGCGAAUCUAGAGCGAAGGCAGCACGUGUUAGAGCGUAAACGAUUAGAUUAUUGGAAUUUAGUGAAACAGUAUUACGAUACUGAAAGAGACGAAGGUUUCCAAGAUACAUAUCGUCAGAUACACAUUGAUAUUCCGAGAAUGUCGCCGCUUAUAUCGUUGUUUCAGCAAACAGUCGUUCAAUUGAUUUUCGAGAGAAUACUUUAUAUUUGGGCGAUUCGGCAUCCUGCGUCUGGAUACGUUCAAGGGAUGAACGAUCUCGUGACACCGUUUUUUUUGGUGUUUUUACAAGAAGCUGUGCCUAUGUCAGCGUGGCAAGACUUGGAAAAUUACGAUGUUGCCUCAUUAGAAAAGGAACAGCGGAGUAUAAUAGAGGCGGAUAGUUUUUGGUGCUUGUCUAAGUUUCUCGACGGUAUUCAGGACAAUUAUAUUUUUGCUCAAUUAGGCAUCCAGCAUAAAGUAAAUCAAUUGAAAGAACUUAUACAAAGAAUCGAUGCGCCUUUACACCAACAUUUACAUCAACAUGGAGUAGAUUAUUUACAGUUUUCCUUCCGAUGGAUGAACAAUUUAUUGACAAGGGAGAUCCCGCUUCAUUGCACGAUUCGUUUGUGGGAUACUUAUCUGGCAGAAUCUGAUCGAUUUGCCUCGUUUCAGCUUUACGUAUGCGCCGCGUUCCUCCUCCGUUGGCGACGUCAUCUUCUAUUACAGCCUGACUUUCAAGGUCUGAUGUUGAUGCUCCAGAACCUGCCUACUCAAAACUGGACGGACGCUGAAAUAGGGAUACUAGUUGCCGAGGCAUACAAACUAAAAUUCACGUUCGCGGACGCCCCCAAUCAUCUCCAGGCUCACGAUACCAGAUGACCAUUUCCCAAUGCGUUUAGGUAACGAUAUUGUAAAUUGUGAAUCGUGCAGCCAAGAACAUUCCGUCGUCCCAAACCUGAAACAAUUCUGUGCUUGGACGACGCAGGUACGUCUGCGUUUCUUGAUGCUCGUCAGAUGAUCGUCAACUGGGUUCUACGUUCGUACGUAGAACUUGGUGGUUCGGCGGGUUCAAUUUCAGUUACCUAUCUUAGCCGAUUUUAUUUCAUUGGUUUAUUCCUCGCGCGGUAACAGCAGUAAUAAUUGAAACAUGGAAACUUUUUUCGAUUACCCGUGAUCAGAAAUCGUGCUCUUUUUUAUUAUUCGUACAUUCGUUCUCAACAUACGCAGUGAACGACCACCAUUGUCCAUCAUUUACCUAUCCGUUUGCCAACCUGAAGCGUAUUGCAACGUGAGGAAUGUAACGCGAAUCAAUCGUAUUUUACGAUUCGUUCGGUGCAUUCGGUACAUUUGUAUAAUAUUAUAUAUAUAUAAUACAUUUAGAAUUAUUAUACACAGAUAAAUAAUAAAUAAGCGAAAGAUUUUAUAAAAGAAAGUUUCACUUAUACGAGAUCUAACUUUUACGUAGCGAUUGUAACUUUUUUUUGAUCGGUAAAAAACCAACAACAGUGCAACGUGCUGAAAACUCGAAAUGCGUUUUAUAAUAAUAAUUACUGUCUCACGAGAACGAGUGAAGUUCGCAUGAAUUACGUUUGUAAAUUAUCGCGACGCGUGCUGGUACUCUGUUUAUCAGUACAUUUCGUACAUUUUACGAUCGACAAUAUAUUUUAAAACUGAACGAUUAGUAUCGUUCAGAAUUUUGAAUCUCGUGCCAAAAGAUUUUUGACGACAAAUCUUUGCCAUGUUUAUGCAUUGCCAUACAUUAAACGAGAUAACAGAUAAAAAGAGAAGAGAAUUCGAAUAUCUCCAAAUGCGUUAAUAUUAUUAGAUACUCAAUAUUCAUCUUACAAUUGAAGAAUCGUUAGAAUAUAUAAUAUUUUAUCAAUUGUUAAACUAAUCUGACUAACGAAUUUUUUUUUCUAUUACGGAGGGGAAAAUCUUCCAAAGAUACCCGUCCUUCCACAGCGAAUCCGGAAUCCAGUCGGCCACUUGUACCUACGUAUACGUCUUUGAAAGGACCAAAAUAUUCUCUCGCGAAACAAGUCAUACGUUCUUGACAGAACUACAAUAAUUCACCAGGUAGAUAAAUUAUAUACACACGUUCAUUAUCAUUGAUUUAAAACUUGUCUUAUCUUCAAUCCUUUACACAUAAAAUUUUUCGAUUUACAUAAACACACCGGCGGGAGCUGUGACACCGUUCAUCAAUUAAUAUUUGAUAUUUAAAAUAUAUGAAACUGGUUUUUCUUAUA